AUGCCAUACAUCGUACCAAAACGAGCGCAAUCUACAGCAUCGUCUGCCUUCACCUACCGCCUGGCAGCCGCGGCGUCAGCUAAGCGCAGCCCUCCGCGCAACCCCAAGCAUCAAAAGGACUUCUGGAACUACAUCUCGACCCAGGAGCAUAAAAAUCCACCAUAUCUCCGAUCCACAAAGCCCGACAGCGGCGAAGAUGCAUUCUUCGCUACAACUCUCGGCGACAGCGACAAUCACGUGGCCUUUGGUGUAGCAGAUGGGGUGGGAGGAUGGCAAGACCAGGGCAUCGAUCCGAGCGUCUUCAGCCACGGUCUCUGCGGACUGAUGGCCGGCACGGCACAGUUGCACUCGGUGGAAGACAGUGGUAUGCUGCGGCCACAAGCGCUAUUGCAGACAGCCUACGAUGCUGUCAUAGCCAAUCCGCGUAUUCUCGCCGGCGGUAGCACAGCUUGUCUUGCUGUUAUUGAUCAUGAGGGCGCGAUGGAGACGGCGAAUCUGGGGGAUAGCGGGUAUAUGGUUUUUGGUCCUGGCAAGGUGGCCUACAAGAGCGACGUUCAGACACACGCUUUCAACACGCCUUUUCAGAUGGCAAAGGUGCCUACGAAAAUGAUGGCCCAGUACGCAAUCUUUGGAGGAGAGUCAUCUGGUGGGAAGCACUUUUCGGAGACGCCGCGACAGGCGGAGGUCGUAAGGCAGAACGUCAAGCAUGGCGAUGUUGUUGUCUUCGCCACGGAUGGUGUCUGGGAUAAUCUGAGCGCGCAGGACACGUUGAGCAUCGUCACGCGUGUAAUGAUGGAGAAGAAAUAUUGGAUUGAUGGCGAAAGAGAGACGACGUUGGACGCCACUCGCAUCGCAGCCCUGCCUGCGAGCCUGAGUGGGCCUAAGGAGCACGAGGAGUAUUUACCUGCGAUCCUGGCAACAGCUAUCAUGCGGGAGGCGAAGCUUGCAGGUCUUGACCCGAGGCGGAACGGCCCCUUUGCGAAGGAAGUCAAUGCGCGAUAUCCGCAAGAAGGCUGGGAAGGCGGCAAGGCGGAUGAUAUCGCAGUCGUGGUCUGCAUCGCCGUGGAUGGCAGUCUCGGCAGAAAUGGAGACGAUACUGGCUCUGAGAGAGAUGAAAAACCCGUCAAAGCCAAACUUUGA